AGAGAGAGAGAGAGAGAGGAAGUCUAGAAACCACCUUCGCUGUUGUCGUAUUUAUGCAGGGACAGGAGAUGAGGUUGAGCUUCAACGACGAAGUCACGAGGGCCAUUGCAGUAGUCCGGGGGCACAUGGUGAGAAAACAUCCAUAUUUUAGAGAAAGAGAGAGAGAAGUUGAGGUUUCUAUGGGUGGUGGAGGCGGCCAUGGCCUUUGUUUGACUACAAGUCUGUUGCUGGUGAUAUGCUCUCUGCCGGCAAUGGUGGAGUCGGCAUGUGGGCGUAACCCGGUGGUGUUCAACUUCGGCGAUUCCAACUCCGACACCGGCGGCUUCGUGGCUGGCCUCGGCAACCAAAUCUCCCUGCCGGAGGGCCGCGUCUUCUUCCAUCGCCCCGCCGGCCGCUACUGCGAUGGCCGCCUCAUCGUCGACUUCCUCUGUGAAAGCCUGAAAACGAAUUACCUGAGCCCAUAUUUGGAGUCAUUGGGUUCGGAUUUUAGGAAUGGAGCAAACUUCGCCAUUGCUGGUUCGAGGACACUGCCGCCCGAUGUUCCCUUCUCCUUGCAUAUCCAAGUGAAUCAGUUCCUUCAUUUCAAAUCACGAUCUUUGGAGCUCGAUGCUCGUGGUCCGAUUGAUGAGGAAGGGUUCCGCAAGGCACUCUAUGCCAUUGAUAUUGGGCAGAAUGAUCUUUCUGCUGCCUUCGAUGCAAAUUUGCCCUACAAUCAAGUCAUCCAAAGGAUCCCAUUCGUCAUUUUGGAGAUUAAAACUGCUGUCAAGACUUUGUAUGAUAAUGGUGGCAAAAACUUCUGGAUUCACAACACUGGCCCUCUUGGGUGCUUGCCUGUAAAGCUUUCUUUACCACGGAAAGAUGACAGCAGUCUUGAUCAAUGUGGUUGUCUCAUGCCCGUCAAUAAUGCUGCGAAGGAAUUCAAUGCCCAAUUGAGCGCACUCUGUGAUGAAUUGAGGUCUGAGUUGAAGGAUGCCACCAUUGUCUACACUGAUAUCUUCACGAUUAAGUAUGACAUCAUUGCAAAUCACACUACAUAUGGCUUUGAGAGCUCCUUGAUGGCAUGCUGUGGCUACGGCGGACCCCCAUACAACUUCAAUCUGAACAUUACAUGUGGCAAUCCAGGCUGCCCAGUCUGCCCUGAAGGCUCUAAGUAUGUGAGCUGGGAUGGAGUUCAUUAUGCAGAGGCUGCUAAUGCCAUAGUGGCUUCUAAAAUACUUACUGCUGAGUACUCCAAGCCCAAAGUUAAGUUCGAUUACUUCUGCUUUGCUUGAUCCCUGGCAAUCUAUAUUGCCAUAGAUUUCAUCUUGAAUUGUGUCAAAACCACAGCAAGUCUAAACUUGCUAAGAAAACCGCAUCGAGAGAUUAUUAUGGUACUGGAACUGUAUCGACGCAUGCAAGUAAGUACAUCAAUGAAAUGCACAUGUUCAUAUUUAUCUGGUUUA